CCUGUCUUACAAAUUAUGAAGUCAAAGCAAAAUUACGAAACAAUAGAAAUAAUAUUUGUGUUUUAAUAUUCACAAUAUUUAUAGAGCCCGUAAAUAAAAUUUCGAUUAGCAGUUUGGUUUGGUUAGCGUGACGAAAUCAAAGUGAUCUGUUUUCUUAUCAUAGUCGCUAAACAAAGAGGAAUAUAUCUAUAUAUUAUACCAAUUACUUGGUCAAGGCCAACUGAAUUUUUGCAAUUCCUUGAUUAUGCGAUAAAAAUCUAUACUAGUCUAGGAAAAAUGGAUCCAGUAACGACGAAUGCUAAAAUACCCUUAAAGCAAGCUGAAGUUUCUAUUCGGCGUUUCAAUGACCUAGCCAUUCCACAUCACUUGGGGCUACUAAAGAAUCAUCGCAGCAAUAUUGAAAAGAGCUUGGCCCUAGGUGAUUGGAACAAAAUAAAAAAGGAAGAGAUUAAUGCAACCCGCGUCAUAAAGCAAAUAAAGAAUUUGUUGUUGGAGAUGGAUGCUUUGCGAGAGAAAGUAUGUACUGAGGAUUUAAAACGAUUUGAUUCCAUGAUGGAAGAAGGUAAAAAUAAAGCUUUCAAGGGGAUGAGUGAAUAUUUGGAGUUGCAACUUAAAACACCGUCAUAUAGUAGCCAAUCAUAUUCAAUGGAGGGUGCCGAAGAAAACGAAGGCGUUCAACCUGUUGAGAUAGGUACGACCGUGGCACAUCGACAAAUUAUACCUGCCAUAGAGACGAAUUUUCAGCAGCAGGAAUACCAAUUACAACAACGACAAUCGUGUUUAGAUGAAUUGGAACAGUUACAGAGUGAGAUACGCGAUCUUAAUGGAAUAUACUACAACAUGCACAAUCUUGUUCAAGAGCAAGGAGAAAAUGUGCGAGUUAUUGCUGACAACGCCGAAGAGGCGCUUGAACAAGUACAAAUUGGUGAAAGCAACUUGCGCCGGGCACUAACGUACAAAAAAGCAAUGUAUCCAGUUGUGGGAGCGCUGUUAGGCACUUGCGUAGGAGGACCCAUUGGACUAGUGGCUGGUUUGAAAGCAGGGGGGCUUGCGGCUGUAGGAUGCGGACUACUCGGAUUUACUGGGGGUUCUGUUCUGAAAAACAACCCAUCUGCAAAUCCUGUAGUGAUGCAAGGUAAUAUUGAAGAAGAGAGCUCCCAAGAGAAUAUGGAAUUACAAAAAAAAGAAGAAUGACCCCUGGGAAGAGGCGAGUUUCCACAGCGUAAGAGGAAGGACACUCGUCAAGUUUUGGUAGUUCCAGCAAGAGGGAAUUCGGCAUUAGAUCCUGUAGUACAAGCUACAACUGGUGUGAUAUGUAGCGUACGCAGUUAUUGUUCCAUACAAUGAAGACUUAUUUAUUUAUACACUUAACCUAGUAUUUGCUUUAUAAUUUUUUUUUUUUUGUACUUUUAAACACUUUAAGAAAGUUUGUUUACCAAUUAUGUAUCUAAUGAAACCAAUGAAGAGCAACUAAAGUUGUAUAUAUACAUACA